AUGAGUCGCCCAUCUUCGCUUGUGAGCGCGGCCGUGCCGCCCCUCAGACACAUCAUCCUGAAGAAGAAGGUCACCGCGGCCGCGCGGCCUCUGCAUCUCUUGCGACAGGGCCUCACGCUGGCAUUGGCGCGGAUCUCUGCUGGACCGUUGAGCGCGAGCGGGAGUGGCAUGCGUGCGUCGCGACCUCGUACAAUUGCAGCUUUCUCGACUGUCGCGCCGCAUGUACCCCAUUCCACCAUGCGACGGUCCACGACGGUCCUCUUCAAAGGGUUUCCUGGCGACGUUUCACGUGAGGAGGUGGAGGUGUUCUUUUCCGACUGCGGCGAUGUUCGAAAUGUCACCCUCAGAGUGUACCAGUACAUCACGGAGAUAUCAUCCGGGUAUGUCCGGUUCGCCUCGCAGGACGCGGUGGACAGGGCAUUACAGUUGGAUGGUAAGGAAGCGCUCGGAAAGCCCCUGCACGUCUCUGAGCUCUUCGAGCACACGGACACGAUCAACGUUGGACCUACUCCUCGACACAUCGAUAAGGCGCGAGUGAAAGCGCUGUUCUCCUCAUGCGGGGAGGUUGUCGACGUCCAGGUUCACACGACCCUUGCCGGCUUUUACGCGGGCAAAUCCUAUGCCCUCGUGCGAUUCGCGUCCCCUUCUUCGGUCGCUAAAGCGUUGAAGCGUCCUAUUACGCUCUCCGGGAAGCGUCUGUACGUCGCGAGAGCUAAGCAGCGGAAUCCGAACGUAUCGCUCUGGGACGAAUACGCGCACAUCCACGAGGGAGCGGCGCGAUCAGUCAGCGCCUUCGAUCUCCCCCCUCAAGUCAACGACAUCCGACUGAAGGCCGAAUUUGAGUCUUGUGGUGAAAUUGAACACGCGCAUGUCUGGAGGGCCCUUCGCACAGGCACCUCAAUCGGUGUCGGAUGGAUCCGAUUCUCUUCCCCCGAAUCGGUGGAAAAGGCGCUACAGCUCAACGGGAAGACGAUCGACGGACAUUGCAUUCGAGUCCAUCCAGCCCCGCCUUCUCGACCGGCAAUCAUGGAUUACCCUGCACGACCGACCGAAUACGAACAAACGAAGAAGAUUUUCGUUGGUCGUCUUCCUCACGAUAUCGACGCCUCUCGACUGCGGCGCGAGUUUGAGCGCUUUGGGAGGAUCUCGGAUGUACGCCUCGGUCAGCGUCACGAGACGGGCAGUCUCCGCGGUUUCGCGUACAUCAAUUUUGUGGACCCACGCUCUGUCGAGGAGGCGGUUCAGCACGAUGGGAAAUUCGCGAUCGAUGGGUUUACGGUCAAGAUUGUACGCGAUUAUGCGCCGAAGAAGAAGCCGGGAGGCUCUGCUAAUACCGGCUCUCGUGAACCAGAUGGCUCGCUAUACGAUUCCCAACAUAGGACGGAAUCCUGGGAGUACGACUACUAG